AUCGAAAUUACAAUUUCCCAGGAUUCGCUUGAACCCACCUCGGCGCCAUAGCAAACAAGGGAUAACGCUGCAGCGCCUCCUGGCUGAGCAGAUAAGCACAAGAUGGCCGCUCAUGACAACCACCCACUCCCUCCGCCGCCAGGGCCGGCCCAGAACACCUUCCGGACGACCCCACAGGAGCAGUCGACCCCAGCUCAGCAAUACAGGCCGCGGCAGAAGUCGAGAACUUUCAGCUUUCGCUCAGACAAGUCGCACAAGCCCAACAGAGACAGCCACCACCACAUCGACACUCACGAGACUCCCGCCGAGAAAGAAGCCAAGAGACUGCACACAAAGGCAGACCCCACCAUGGCCAUGAACGAAGCCGAGCCAGGCGUCGUUCAGGCGACGGUCAAGUCGUCGCUGGCGUCGAUCCGGGCCAUGCAGCACAUGGACUCGUAUGGCAAUCCCAUCGCCGAACCCGAUAGAUCCAAUCCUACCAGGAGUCGGUGGGAACGUCCACUCGACACCAUCCGGAGCUUCGAGGCAGCCAUCGACGGCGGAUAUAGUCGCAAGUCAUUGUACCGCUCAGACUCGGAAUCCGUCGCCAAUUUUAACCGGCGAAGCAGCUAUUAUAACAAUAACGGCGGGCGUUUCCCCCAAGAAGGCUACUACGGCGGGCGCUCGCAACCUGCCUCCAGACCAGAAGUAAACCAAAUCGACAUGCGACAGGGCGGUAUGUCACGAGACAGCUUUUACGACUUGCAGCAACAGGGUGGGCAAGGUGGGCAGGGUGGCUACUACAACGGCAAUGGCCAUAAUGGUUACAAUGGCGGCUUCUCUGGCACACCACCUCUUGCCCCGCCUGGCAGACAACGAUACUCCAGGAUGGCAUCAGAACCGCAGCUUAGCGCACACAGACAGCCACAACCCGACGCCCACGUCUAUCCGAUACCGAAUAAUCACAGAUCCUACGAGACGGUGGCCUCGGCGGCGGGCAGCGGUAGCUACGGGGAGCCGGCAGGCUAUCAGACUGACCCUACCAGUAGCGACAAUAGCUCAGUGGAGCGAAUGCAACCGCCGCAGAAACGGCAGCAGGAGCCCGUUAACGACUACGGCAUCGGCUUCACUCAGAAUUCGACCUACCAACCGCCGACGUUCACCGUUGGCGCCAAUGGCACCAAUGGCGCCAAAGCGAACAGCAACCAGGCGAAUGGGUACCAGAGCAAUGGCUAUAGAGGUCCGCCGCCGGCACCGCCGAAGGACAACAGAGGUUCUAUCUUGCGCAAGCCGAUAUCUCAGACCCUCAGUGCGAACUCCAACAGCCAAGAAAGGCCUUCGGUGGGAGAGAAGCGAAAGAGUUGGUUUGCGCGGAGGUUCAGCAAGCAAACCUAGGGGAACGAGAAGUGGUUGGUGCGGCAAACUAUGUAAUGGUGAUCAUCUUCACAUUCCUUGAUACCCGACGUUUUCUAUCAUUAGGCGUACCCCGGUCAGCCCGUCUCAUUCUGAAGAUUCGUCUUCGAGGAGGGAAAUAAAUUGAGAAAUUGGAGGAGUGGUUCUCGGGCGGAGCGAAAGGGCGACGACAGAAAGGUACACUGCUACUAAUUUACCUCCUUUUCUUUGUUUUCUUCUUUGUUCCCAUGAAAAU